AUGGAUUAUGCAACAUACUUUCUACUCAUCUUGCUUGCGCUUUGUGAAACUCUGCGGCCGCUUGAGGCACAAUUCGGCAAUCAGGGUCAGGUUUACUACACACAACAAGGGCCACCGGGACCACCAGGCCUUCCUGGUCUGUCCGGCAAAGUAGGCAACCCGGGCGCACGUGGUCCCACCGGCGAUAUCGGUCCAGUCGGAGCCGUCGGCAUGCAAGGUAUCCCGGGCCCGGAUGGACGUGAUGGUGCACCUGGUCAACAAGGCGCGCUGGGCUCACGUGGAAGACGUGGCUUUCCCGGCUCCAACGGACCACCGGGACCGCCAGGGCCGCAAGGUUUUAUGGGACCGCCCGGGCCUCCUGGACCACCAGGUACGUCGUCAUCACGACACAUGCCACAUGAAAUUUAUGCGGACGAUGAAAUAGACAACUACGAUUAUGAGUGA